CCGCGGAAUGAGAAUCCUUGGACAAAGGCUGGCGAUACAUUCCACGAGCUAUACUUCAACCGGGAUCAUCCUCCAAAACCAAGAUGACCGCAUGGAUGAAUCGAGGGAAAGCAAGAAAAUGGAAUGGAAGAUCGUUCCAUUGAAUGUGGAGGGUGUUCUUCCGUGAACUAGGGAAUUAAAUGAUAUAAUCGUCUUUAGUUUUCCUUGGAAGUCACUUUUGGUUUGAUAAAUAUCUAGCGACUCGAUGCUUAGGACAGGGCAGUUAAAGCCCCAGUGUGAAGAGGCCUUGUAUAUGGCGGCGUGCUUGAAUUAGGGCUUGUGCCAGUCAGGACGGUCCGUCGUCGCCCGUCGCCAACGUCAUCUCCUCCACUCUUUGUUCUACUUACCUAGGUCUCGUUAUCGCCAGAAAUUUCUCCUUCCAGCAAGCGCCCAGCGCCAAGUAAUCGCGCCACAGCGCGCCCGGCGCUCGCGAGCUUCAUCCUUCUCUGCUCGACGUAGAGUCGACGGCCUCGGACUGUUCCAGCAUCGGCAUUUCCUCUCCUCGCGUAGAAUCCGGCAUUUCUUCACAGCAGGGCUCCGGAACGGCAGGGAAUUCGCUUGGCCGUGGCGACAUUGCCGCAGGGUUUAAGGGCCGAGCAGGAAAAUCGCGAAAUCGUCCGCCAUUGGGGUUUCUGCGAGCUCAAGAACAGGCCGGAGAGAUAUUUCUUCCCCUCCUCCCUCGGAUUGAUUGCAUGGUUCCUCUCAGGUACUAGAGCGAGCGCGCUAGCUUUUUUUUGCCUGGCAUGACUGGAGAGAAUAGCUGCUAUGCCGAGAGCUAGUGCCGCAUUGAAGCCAGUGCUACCGCCGAGUCGACGAAGCCCAUCGGAUUCUCACCACUGCUGCCACACCAGUUGCUGCUCCUCCUCCUCUGCCGGUACUCUCCAUGGAACCCUUGCUCUCUCUUCGUUAUGCAUUCCUUGCUCAUCCUCCGGUAGCUCAUUCUCGUCCCACUCUCGCUGUGCAGGUCUCCCUGUGUCGUCCCUGCCAGCAUGCUCUGAGCCCAUGACGCCCUCGUCCUCCUCGUCUUCUCCUUCCACCACCAUCUCGGCCAUUGUUUCCAAGUCUUCUUCUAGCUCCUCUUCUUCCUCGGCUUCUCUCACUACUACCACCACUGCUGCUGCUGCGUGUUCUUCUUCCAGCCCUAAUUCCUCGGUCUCUUGCUCGCAGCAGGCUCUCCAAGACACCUUGUAUGAGUACGUGAGAGGCUUGCAGGAUGCCAUUAAGGUUCCUGACCCUGAGCUUGCGGAGCGCCUACUUGUGGAGAUUGGGAGUGCGUUGAGUCUGCCAUCUGCCGUCUCUCUGAUCAUCUCGGCCAACGGGGCUUGCCUCAUUGCAUCGUGUGUCAAGCACUUCCGCGGGGCUGGGACGGGCAAGGCAGGCAAGGUGGCAUCAUCGAAAGUUUCCAAGUCCGGUGGUGGUGGUGCUACUGGCAGAUCAUCGUCGUCCAAGAGCGACGAGCAUGAUCCUGGGGGACAGGUCGUUGCUCCCGCUUUCACCGAGGCUGCCCGAGCGGAGUUUCUGGACGUGCUCGAGUCAACAGUGACGGCUGCUGCUGCUGCCGCUGUUGCUGCUAUGGACGAGGUUGUUCUUCCCUCCGAGUCGCGGAGGAAAAGGCAGAGGACUGUUGUAGAAGAAGAGGACGUGGUGCCGUGCUAUCAGAACAGGGAAUGCAGGUCUUCGUUCCUGGAGAAGUCCAGAAAGCCUUUGAAGCUCAAGGGACGCAGCUUGAAGGUUGGUAGCUCUCGGAAAGUAGUGGGGUUUAGUGAACACGCAGAGAACUUUAGGCCACAGGACGAGGGGAAAGUCCCGGAAACAGGGGUUACCUUGGAGAACGGGAAAGUUAGGGAGGAUAGUAACGACGUAGCGGUGGAGCUAGAUGAGAACAAGGACAAGUUUUUAGAUAGUAGCAAGGCGGAUCUGGACGACUCGGAAGAUAGUACUAGCACUGUGAGCGAAGAGGAGGGUGAUGGCGUAUAUUUACUCGCCAAAUCGUCGGGCAUGUCGAACGUAGUGGCGACUGCAUGCAGUGCAUUGGACAAGCUGCUGACUGCCGCAUUGCAAUCGAAAACUGGUGUCAAGGUGAAGGCGGGAAACUCGAGCUUGGGAAUAGGAAAUGGCAAGCGGGGCAAGGCACUCUCUGCUGAGAUGUACGUAGCUCUCACAGAGGCAUUCGUGGAUAUGGUUCAUGUUCUCAAGGACAAUGUGGACCUGCUGAGCUGGUGCCUGAAUUGUUUGGGCAGCAUACUUCCACCCGGUAGUUUGGAUCGAACGUCAUUCGAAAGUAGCACGUACAGCAGUGUUGCUCCGGUAAAAGAGACUGUCAGCAAUGACGAUGAUGUGUCGAAGGCUGACAACGCUGACAAUCAAUCGCUCUCCGUCCAAGCUCAUCCUGCUCCGGCUGAUCACUCACUUUUGGACCAAAAGCUCUUCCCCUCCAAAGCACUUUUGAAGCUGGCUACCAAGUAUCGUGAGCACUCGACAUCAUCUGAUUUUACCUUGAAAAUAGGAUCGAAGUCGACCUCGGGAAGCUAUGUGGCAGCAGCGCGUACGCUUUCCUCGGGCAAGAGUUACAAAGGGAUGCUGCAAUCAACAUUCUGCGGUGGCAUUUCAUCGGAGAGCACAAGCAGCUCUAUUUCUGCGCUAGCUGCGGUGGCGUAUGCGGCGACCGUUCCCAUGCUAGCAGAGAAAGCUGUCAAAGCGAUUUUGAACGCAAUGCAGUCAUGCAGCAUCGAAUCUCAUUCGACCAUGGCCGCAGCAUUAAGGGCUCUUUCGGCACAUCUAUCUUCUACGAAUUCUAAGACGGCGUGUGAUGAUGCGUUCACUUUUAUAAUAGCGGCUAUGCGAGAGUUCGCUAAUGAUGCGGAUAUGCAGGCAGAAAGUUGUCUGGCUCUUGGUUCACUAAUCAGAGCAGUUUCUUCCACUACCGGUCAUGCCGCAUGGGCUGCGAUAACUAUUGCAAUGGAUAAUCAUCCUAGCAACCUCGCAGUACAGAGGGCAGGGUGUGGUGCAUUGCAAGUUCUUUGCACUAGGACUGGUCUUGGAGUCCCGGAAUGGAGAACUGGAAAGAGACCUCUUAGAGCUUCAAGGGAUAUAGACAGGGAGGCAGGUGCUCGAGCUCUUAUUUCUUCAAUGGCAUCUUUCCCGAAUGAUGUCAGAAUUCAGUGGCACGGCUGCAGUACCCUGUGGACUUUAGUCCAUUCUGCUGGGGUCAAAAGCGUUGCGAAUAUGGUGAGCCUGGGUGCAGUUACCGCUGUUGUCGGGGCAAUGUCCGUGUGCAGAAUGAACGAGAUGAUGCAGCAGGAAGGUUGCAACGUCAUCGGAACUAUGGUCAGAACACUUGCGGAGAACGGGCAUGAGAUCGGCCUUUUUCUCUCGUCAACUGCAAAGUCUGAAGGACAGGAGCCUGAUUCUGAGGAGAGCUUAGAGAAAUCUACUGACUGGUGGGCAGCUUUGGGAGCAGUUGUUAGUGCGAUGAAGAUGUUCAGCAAGUCCAAAUCUCUACAAAGCAACGGAACGUUCGCUCUUGGCUGUAUUCUCAAAGGUUCCGGCGAGACUGCAACUUUCGGCUCCACAUGUACUGAUGUACCUGUCAAGCCAGCGAUUGGAGUUGAUGCUGCAGAUGCAGGAAAAACCGACAGCUCGAAGUCACAGAAGCAGGAUGCUACACUUUCUCCGGACUUUCCAGGGAAGGAUAUCGUCGACAAUGUGGAAAGAAUCAGCGCAGCUGUUGAAGCAACCAUGGCGGCUAUGCGGGAGUUUUCGAAAGUUGAGACCGUCCAAGUUUGGGGGUGUGCAGUGCUGCAGCAAGCAUUUCUCCCAUACGUCCACUAUGCGAAGUGUCUUGGCCCCGUAUGCGCAUCGGCUUCCAGUUUGCAGCCUCAACUUUUUUCUCAGCAUUUGCUGGCACAUGAUUCUUUGAGGACGGAGUCACUUCCUUCUGCAGCAGAUUCAAAUGUGAAGAGCGCCGAGGCUGGGGCACCUUCUCCUUCAGAUUGGUUGGCGAAGUUUAUCCUUUCUCAGGCGGCUUCGGUGAUGUAUAUGAUAUCACGAACGAUGGCCUUCUCAUACAACAACAGCUCGACAGGAUCUCAGACUAAUCAAGCGAAGGCCACGUCCCUUCAUCCAGCUCGUGGGAAGCCGACACUUUACUCGAGAACUCAGACGGCAACAUCCAGUAUUUUUUUCUCGUCCGUGCGGCAAAGCUGGUGUGCUGCAUUAGGGGCUAUUGGAGACGUUUUUGGAUACCUUACUCGGGAUUCGGAGAUCGCGAUUGGCAAGGGUGGCUUCACAAACAGUGAUUGCGUGGACUUCUUCAGAAGCAACAAGAGUUUCCUAGACCGCUCAAACGGGGAGCAGUUUCUGAAUAUUGAUAUGAAGAGCUCUGGUGAUGAUGAGUCCGAGGAUGGUGCGCAAUCCGAGAAGAGCUCUUUGGACACAGCAAAGCCGGACGAAGAAAGUGAAAGGAAAGGGAGCCACCACAUCUGCUCAAGCAGUCACAAGUGUUGCGGGAGCUCCUCUUGGAUUGAUUGGAGUGGCUUUGGUGCCUCACAGCAGCAAGCCGUCAAGGACAUCAAGGCCUGGCAAGAAGCAACGGAGUCAAUGGCUAAAAUUGCCGAAGAUGUUGGAUUUCCUCUGGCGGUGAAGCAUGCUAUACUAUCCAUUCGGACGAUAUUCUACAAGCUAGAGGACGCGGAGACGGUGAUCUGGGCAUGCCAUGCGUUGGUAAGCUUGUACCUCACCUGGGAAAAUUUGCAUCUCUUUAAACCUGGGACAGAAGUUGAUCGCGAAGAGUACAAGGCGAAAAUAUGGGGUGAGGGCGAAGCAGGUGUCAAGCAGCUUGUUGAUCUUGUGGUUCACUGGACAAGCCAAAAUCGGCUCGACGUUACCAGCCUUGCACUUCAUGCUCUCUAUGGUGCCUGUGUGUCGGCGGCAACAGUCAAGGAGAUCGAGGCGGUAUUUGAUCUGGGAUGUCCUGGAGCUGAAGCGGUUCUAGGUGCUAUGCAAAAGGCGCUAUUGAGUGGCAGUGCUCAACACAGAAGGAAAGUUGUACAGCAAGCCUGCUGUGUGCUUGCGACGGUCUGUGGCUGCAGCGUACGUGCUCAGGUGGCGGUGUCUGCUCAUGGUGGUGCGGAUUUAAUAUUGACUGUCCUGGAUCGCUACAACGAAGACAGUCAGAUUCAGGUCAAUGGACUCCACGCUCUCGGUAUCGACUCACAUGGACAGCCAGAUUUUGAUGCCAUCUGGAACUCCGCAAUCUCCAAGACAGUUCCUGCUGGAAAAUCCAACCGUCGACGGCGCAACAAUCAGGCUUCGGCUUCCAUUGUUGGCCUCACUCAUAUUUUCCGGGAGGGGGUCAACUGUCCAUCUUUUCGGGAUACUCCUGCAGACGACAGCUCUUCUCUCAGAGGAAAAUGGAAUCCUUUCUUCGAGAGGCUGGUUCUCGAUGCACCUCAAGUUGGCCUUUUCCAAACGGCGGUAAUAGCUGCUCCCGGUUGCGGUGGUCCUGCAUUUGCUCUGGAGCUGUUCCGGAGGGUGUUUGAAGCUCCGUCACCCGAGGUGGCAGCACACGUCUGUUUUGUCAUUGGCUACAUGGCAGAGCAUAAUUCCGUAUGGCGUGCAAGUUUUCUCGAGGAUGGAGCAUUGCAAGGACUAUUGGAGUGUAUCUCGUCCGUACACUACUGGAAGAAGAACGUUUUCACUGCAUUCGGGUUGUUACGAGAGGGUGCUGAAGUGGAGAUUCAAGCAGAAGCCGAGUUUCCAGAUGCGGAUAGGGACGCUCUAGCUGUCGCAACGUCAACUGUUGUGGAGUUGCGGAUAUUGUGUGCUGCAUUUUGGGCUGUUGCUGGUCUUAUGAAGGAUCGGUUGAACACAGUCGAUCCUUUGACAGGUCGCUUUGUCCAGGCAUUGGCUGCUGCUUUACAUCGGCAUGGCGGACUUCUUUCCAUUCCUUCGUACGGGCUACGAUUGAAAAAGCCACAUAUGGAAGUCUGUACGUCCGCAAGGCUUGCAUUAGCAAGACUCGGUGUUUUCAGGAUCGCUACUGCUUCUCAAGUUGUCUUCCUUGUACACGAGGCUGCCGAAGCCGGUGAUGUCACGUGCCUCAAGGCUCUUGUGGAGAGGGGUGUGGACGUAUUCGUGACUGAUGGUGAUGGGAAGAACGGGGAAUGGCAUUCGGAGCUGUUUGGGCAGAACCUGGCAGCUCAGUUUUUCAAGGAACAGGUGCAAUUGCAGGGAAGGAAAAAAGCCCGGGAAAAGGCGAAGGCUAAGAGCAAACAGAACAGCAAAAAGAAGGCGACUAAUGGGGCUGCACUUUCUCGGGAGGAAGAGCAGGAUCCUAGUUCAGAGCUCACAGGAGAUGUUUCAGCUUCUGUGUCGACUGAAAAGGAGGUUGAGGUAGAGCCAGCGGUAGAAGUAGAGACAGUAGAGGUAGCCCAUGCGGAGUCCGUGACAACUAAUUCGCUAGCAGGUGAAACCACAACCACAGUUAUACCAGCUGUUUCAGAAGCUACUGCCGAUUGUCUAGAUAGUUUUGAAGGGGAGGAGAAGGCCAAGAUAUCUCAGAAAGCAUCUAAAAGCAGUAAGAAGAAGUCUCAAAAGGGUCAAAAGGUGGCUAAAGCAGCAGCAGAACCUGUGUCAUCAUGCGAGAAGCAAGAAGCUAUAGAGCUCUUGAAUGCGACUUUACGUGAAGCUAUGGCCUCGGGUGAGGUGGAAAAGAUGGAGGCGGCCAUAAGCGCUUGUGAGGACGGUGCUCAAGAACUGGUGGACGAGCGGUUACUUAAGCAGGUGAAGGGUGCUCUAGCAAAGCGGCUCAAGCGCAGGGAGAAAGCUAGCGUUCUAGAGGAUGAGCUCACUUCUGCUAUAGAGGAUGGAAGCUACGAUCGGCUGAAAGCUGCCGUCCUUGCGGUCGAGCAGUCGUCAAGAUUUGCCGCUGCUCUUCAGGAAAAGCUUGCAGCUGCGAAGAGGCUUCUUCUGGAGAUGGAAAGCCAGACCGCGAGUGAGCCACAGCAAAAGGAAGAGGAGUCUCUGCCGGUUUCAGAUGUUUCCACGGUGCCAACUUCCAGUCCUCCGAAGGCGAAGAAAGACAAGCCCUUGAAGCCAAAGAAACCAAAAAGCAGCGGCCGAAAGAACACGGCGGCCGUCACCAACGCGAACAGCUAUCAUCCAUUGCCAGCUAACGGCGUCCCAGCUCCCCCGGACCCUUCCCAUCGACCGCCUCCGACUCUCCAGCCAGCUCACGAUCUCCCUCCACUGCUUCCGACUCCACGUCCAACAGGUUUACGUCCUCCGGCUCCUCCCUGCUCCGUUAUCAUGCCUCCAAAGUCAUCUGGACAGCAGCAGCAACAACAACAAUACCAGCAACAGCACCAGCACCACCUCCAGGCCUCGACGUCGUGCGAGCACAAUCCCAUCACUCCACAGCUCUUCCCAUCGAGCAGGAGCCCACUCAACGGCGAGGUGAGCGACUACAACGAGGCGUCGCAGCUCUCUCUGCUUCUCUCCUCGUCGUGGUCGUCGCCGAGAUCGUGCUCCUCGCUCGAGGACGACGCCUACAACAAGUCAUCGUCUCGGUGGGGGAGGUCCCCGGGACCAGAGAAUAUCACCACCAACAGCAGCAGCCACAGCAGCUAUGGAUUGGAGUCGCCAGUCUGGUCGGACCAGCCGUGCCUCGACUCACAGGGAUACAUCUCCGCGCUACUGGCCACGCUCUUCCCGGUGGAGAGGCUGCCGUCGACGUCGACGACGCUCUUUAGUGCCUCCCUGGGCGAGUUCCCAGCACCGGCCGCGGGGGAAUGCGGCGGCGGUGGUGGUGGAGGAGCAAAACUAUCGUCAGGUCUGUCUUCUAGUGGGCCUGAUGAUUCUGAUAUCCUCUCGUUCCUGGACAGCACUCUGAGCAACCUGAGCAUCAGCAACGAUGGUGGCGACGAUUAUAUCAGUGGUGGUGGUGGUGGCGGCGGCGGAGGUGGCGGUGGUGGUGGCUCUGCGGUUAACAGCAACGCCGGGUUUGAGAGCUUUGCAAGCGGUGGCGGCAGGAAGGGCUACUACUCGUUGUACGCCGGCGGUAAUGGUGCUCUUCCUGACUUGACGUCGAGCUUGUUCUCUGAAGAGGAUCCUUGCAGGAUGAAGGUUGUGGUAAGCUCGCAGCAGUCGCGGGUGGAGGCGGCGGCGCUGCUGGAGGCGUCGCUCGAGGACUGCUGCUGCAUCUGCUUCGACGUGCCCAAGGACGCGGCGCUCGUCCCCUGCGGCCACCGGAUGUGCAAGAGCUGCGGCGAGCAGAUCCGGCGCCAGCGUGCCAAGUGCCCGAUUUGCAACAGGUACAUUGACGCCGUCUUGGCUCUCUAUGGCUGAUCCAGAGACACUAUCAAUUCAUUCGCGAUUGAUAUGGCGCUCAGUGGUUCUCGGGAAUGGAAGAGAGAUCUCACAGGGAAGAACAAGAAGGAAAAAAAGUUUUGACAGAGGAGCUGAGAAGAGAGCGAGUAAGGAAGGAUUGUUUGCUAUGUGAGCUUGUCAAGUUUAUAACAAAUAAUUCUUGCGAGAAUGGAAUCUCUCUUAUUCGUUA